AUGGAGGACGAAGACUUUGGUGAGGACGUGCUUGUGACGUCACAGACGGACGAGAAUAGCGUGAAAGAUGAAGCCAAGACAGAGGAAUCAAGAGCAACAUGGGAAGCUGACAAUACGGAUCGUAUCAAGUCGGAGAAGAUAAAGAAUGAACAAGAACAAGACGAAGAUGAAGAUCUUUAUGGGAAGGUCUCUAUUAAGCUCAAUGCGUCUGCUACGUCUGUUGCAGCAGCCGAAGCGGCAGCUACAACGAUUUCAAUAGUCAAAUCAAGUGAAGACGUGUCGGUUGUGGGCUCAGAAGACGACGAGGACGAGGAAGACGUGGCUAUUGUAUUGAGCAAAGAUCAUGCUGGGAAUAAACCCACGCUACGCUUUACUGGAGGAGGAAAUCGCUACGUACGUGGCAAUUUUGGAAGCUCUCAACAAGGUUGGACUGGAAAAUCAGGUGCUGGUGGGACAGUGAGCUCUCAAUCGGGAGAUACAGACCCUUUAGUCACUGAUGGAGUCGAUGAUAUGGCCUUGUUUGGUGGUCGACGGACAGCUUUUGAUGUUGAUAUUGAUCUUUUAGAGGACAGACCAUGGCGUAAACCAGGUGUCGAUAUCUCGGAUUACUUUAAUUAUGGCUUUGAUGAACAUAGCUGGAGAGAAUAUGCAGCACGACAAUUGAGAGUAAGACGAGACUUAGCAGUGGAAAAAUCAAGAGAACAGGCAUCACGACAAGCAGUAAAUGCUGCGAAUCAACAAGCAAUGCGUGAUCGUGACGCAAAUAUGCAAGGAGGUGGAGGAAUACCUCCGCGUGGAUUCCCUGGACAUAUCAAAUCAGAAGGUGGAGAUGACCCGAAUGCAGGUAAUCGCUCGAGACAAUGGGGUGCAGUUGGAAUGCCACCUCCUAUGGGUGGAGGACCACCACGAGGAGUUCCAGGAUUUUUGGGAGGACCACCACCGAGGGGCUGGCACCCUGGAAUGGGCCCGCCAUUGGGCUUUGGGGACCAGCAGAACUGGAAUGGUCCUCCGAUGGGUGCACCUUGGAACUCGGGACCAGGAAGAGGACCACCGUGGAUGGGUGGACCUGGCGGAGGAAGAGGCCGAAGUGGUGGACGGGACGAUCGAGGUCGCAACGGAAAGGAUGACAAAGAUGAUAGACGAGGUGGUAGAUCCGAAGCAAGUCGUGACCGGUCAAGAUCCCGCAAUUGCCUUCGUCGGGAUGACUCACGAGGUAGCGGACGUCGAGACGAGGCGGGGGCCAAAGAUGCUAGCGAAAAGGAUCGAGGUCGUGGCGGAGGCCGAGACCAUGGCCGUGAACGCGGACGCGACCGUGCUAGCAGCCGUGAGAAAGGUCGUGAACGAGAUCGCGACACUGGCCGUGAUCGCGUUAGCAGCCGUGGUCGCGAUAAAAGCCGUGAUCGUGAGAAAAGCCGUGACGGUGGCCGUGAACGUGAUACUGGGCGUGAUCGUGACGCUGGCCGUGAUCGCGUUAGUAGCCGUGUUCGCGAUAAAAGCGAUAAAAGCCGUGAUCGCGAGAAAGGCCGUAGUCGCGAGAAAGGCCGUAGUCGCGAAAAAGGCCGUAGUCGCGAAAAAGAUAGUAUUCGCGAAAAAGGCCGUAGUCGCGAUGGUGGCCAUGACCGUGGUCGAGGUCGCGAUCGCGAUCGUCGCCCUCGCGAACAAGAAGGUCGCGGAGGCGGAGCAGGAGACGCCGAAAAAAAGGAGCGAGGAGAACGCAACCGAGCAGAUCGAGGUGGACGGUUGCGAUCCCGAGACCGUGAAUCACGGAAGCGCAAGGAUCGGGACGAAAAUACUGGUGAUAAACGAGGCCCUGGUGAUCAGCGUUCCAAACGGCGGCGUUAG